AUGCAGCCAUCGAGUAGCAUCGACCACGCCUUGGUCACCAGCUUGGAAAAAAACACGGCGGGUACUAUUCUUGUUCCCAAACAGAAAAAACACAAAAAACACCGGCCUGGUGUCAUGCUUUUCGAGCCAUUCCUCGGGGAGUAUGAUGCAAACUUCGGUGAUCAAAUCAAACGAGGGAAAUUAGCAGCGAGCAGGUCUAAAACCAAGACAAUGAGUAUCCAUUCAGAUUUACCUUUUGCGAUGGUCGAUCGUCCUAUGCCCGCUGAAGAUAAAGUAUUGAGGGUUCUAGUGGAUCAAUCUGAAGAGUUACAGGACAUACCCAUGCUCAAGAGGAUCUACAGAUCUUUAAUGAUCUCAUUGCAUGAGUUGCAUGAAGAAGUUCUGCGGGACCUCAUGGUUCCGAGAAGCGCACGGAUAGAGUUGCAUAGGGACUUGUUUAGAUGGCUCGAAAAACAGCUUUACGGGCCCGAUGUAGGGAUUCCAGUUUUUGGGUUUGUCUCGGCAAACAACUUCUCCGGAAUCAAAAUUGGAGCUACUCAAUCUGCAUUAAUCAAGUUGUUCUCCGGAGACCCUUGGUCUGAGCCACUACAUGAGGGCGUAAAAUUCUUGAUAGAAACUUAUUGA